UUUGCUCAAGCGAAGAAGUCGCAGGUUUCAGCCGGGUCGUGCUCCAAAUCGAUCGCUAGGUUGCCACCUCCCAAAUUGUUUUGGCAGCUAAGUGGAUUCUAGCAUGUCAACGUUUGACGACGUUGAUUGGGCCGCAGUGCCCCGCGGGGAGCCUGCGUACCGUCGCCCUGAUGACGUGCCUACAGGACGCGUGACAAUUGGAGGUGGCGGUGGCGAACCACCCCCGGAGGUACCAACGUGGGUCCUUUUUUGUCGACAGCUCCGAUCGUGGUGCAUUAUUGGCAGCUGCCUUUUGCUGCUGCUGCUGCUUGUCGGCUUUCCGAUCUGGAUGUUGAUAGACUGGUUGAAAACAGACAAAGAGGCAGAGAACUCCGCCCAGAUGUUUGCGGAAUUUUCCACGUGGGGCAACAAGGUAUCUGACUAUGUGGUUGAAGAAACCUCUCAAGCAUUUGCCCAAGUAGACGCCCGACUCGACCAGUACUUCCCCACGAUGCCCGUGGAGCAAAAAGCGGGAGUCAUGAACAUCGUCAGCAACAUGGGCAUUUUGGGAGCGGGGGUGUCGAAACUGGAGGAUGAUGCAUUCAAAGCAGCCGCAGAGAUUUUGUCCGGAUUUCUGCCCGACUUUGAAGAUGACGUGAAACGAUGUGGGCUCUUGACGUCCGUUUGUGAUUGCCAAAGAAGCUACAUCCCGAAGUCCGGGUCCUUGGUUGGCAACUACUUUCGAUGUGCAGUGAUUCUGCCAUCGAACGGCAUGCUCUUCCAGGGGUUCCUGAACUUACAGCCUUUGGUGGGAAGGCGCUUGCAAACCUGGAAUCAGAACCUGUACAGCGAUGCCACCGAGGGCAGCACAAAAGGAGUUGAUGUAACGUUCAAGUCCGAGGACCUCACAUUUUCUUUGAUCCCAGUGGUUGGUGGCUACCGAGCACAAUUGAAUUGCUCCUUGAGUGUGGCAUUGAUCGCAUCCUUCACCGCUUCCUUCGGGGAGAUCUUGCCACGGCGGGAAUUCCCAGCGCCGGAAAUUCCCUUCGCCAUUCCCAGUUUGGGCUUAGCUGUGAGCGUCCAGGGCUUUGUGGAGCUUAUCCCACCUGAGAAGUUGGAGAUGGCCGUGGAAUUUGAGAAGAAGUGGGUCACCAGUCUAUCAGGUUCUAUCGAGUGGAACAAGGGCUUGCACGGGUCGCGCGAGGGGCAGACGGCAGAAGUGUCUACCAAACUGGAAGUCAACAUCAAUUCAGGAUCACCCGUGACGUUCACAGUACGCUUGGGUGUCCGAGUCCAGUUUCAGGUGCUCUCUAUAGGCAUUGCUGUGACCUUCACUCCACAGGUGGAUGCAGAUGCGAAGUUGCUGGCGCAAGGAUCUAUUUCGACUUCACUGAUGAAGGCUCAGGAAGGUGGGCUGGAAAUGUCUAGUUGCAAUGCAGCAAGCUUUUUGGCCACCGGUUCGUUGGCAUACCAGCCUGGGGUCACGGGUUUUCUGGCAGAUGCCUGGCAGAACAUCAAGAACACCAGUGGUAUCAUUGCGAAUCAAAUCGACAAAGUGUGGCCGGGAUUCAUCGACCAUGCCACCAAGAUGGUUCAAAGUCUGCUUCAAUUGCUUCCACAGCCACUUGUGAGCCUGUGGAAUGGAGGCACACUACAGAUCUUCUGUUACGAGCUUUGGAAGUCUUGGAAGCUUCAACAAUCAUGCCAUGAUCAACUCCGUUGUGAUUUUCAUGGCUUUGGGCCUUUUUGGUCCUUUUGGUCCUGGCUCACGAAGCUCUUCCACGGGCCCCCCGCCUUCGCGCCCGCCUGCCCCGACGCCUUCGACGGAGUCGAGAAGCCGGGCACGCUCUUUCCACAUGCCGACCAGGCCAACCCACGCAACUACAUCGCCGAACUGGGAGAGUUUUGCGGGACGGCCAACAAUGGUGAUGUGUACACCUGCCGAAGUGACCUUCAAUGCCUCUCCUACAUCUGCCAUACAGCUGCGAGUUUCCGUGGCAGUCACCCAGAUCCUGUGUCUCAGCUCCCAGCUCAUACAUCUGAAGACUUGGUCGUGACCGAGAUCUCCAAAGUUCAGCUCGCACCGGACCCAACUGCUCAUGAUCAGUACUCUCCGGUGCAUGAGUUUGUUGACGAUCCGGAGACUUUCGAUGUGCACGCAACACAGAGCGCUCCUUCACCUUCUUCGAUAUACCCAUUGGCGCAGGCAGAUCAGAUGGCAGACGCUGCAAAUUGGAAAGCCGCGAAUCUGCUGGACUACACCAUGGAGAAUGGGAUGUGCAGCUCGAUCACCGGCCUGGGGCUUGAUGGAAAGCCUUGUGCUCCAUGGCUUGGUUGUUACAUGGACAGCUUCAACGGCUGUCCCACACGGACGGCCACCUGCCAAGCGAAGAUCGUUGCUGUGGGCCAACGUUGUGGCAAUGCGCGCUUUGGGCAGCACAGCUAUAUCAAUGUGGGACGAUGUCGGAUGUACUCUCGUUGUGUUGCAGAUACCACAGAGAUCCCAGGCAUGCUUGGUGCUGGACACUGCUAUCAGAACAUGAUUCACCGGCUGAUCGACUUCUUCGACCCCUUCAACAAAGAUUUGAAGGGAUGAUCAUCGGGUGAUCUUUCAUCAGGUGAUGAUUUUUCAUCACAUGAAUUUCAUCGUGGACAUGAAGCAGGAGAUCAAUCCAUGUAUCAUCAUGACACUGGUUCUUUUGAUGACUGAGCCAUGAAACAGACCCGCGUGCGAAGUACAAGCUUCGCUCACAGGGUUUGGGUGUUCUGAUCACGGGGUAUGUGGACCCCUGUGUGAUUAUAGAUCUCGUUUGCUGUUAGAUGGGUCAAGACGACCGCAGAAAAUUCGCUUCAUGCACUGAAGGUGCCUUGAACUUUCUGAAAACCAAUUGAGACUGUAAUUCGCAAGGAUUCCCAAGCAAAGUUUCUUUGCUUUCGCACUGGCCUUGAAAAAAAC